AUAAAUCUCCCUCAGGAUAUCUACAGUAUAAUGUACAUAGGACAAUGACAGGAGUCCUCUUGUACAGCAGGUGGCGCUGUAACGGAUAAGCAGCAUGUGGACUGUGGAAGUUUACUCUUCCUGAAUUGUCAUACACCCAGUGAACGGGAGAACCGAUCGAUCAUGGCUGUGAGUCUAUCUCAUCUGCAUCCGCUUUUGCUUUAGUGAAACCCUGCUUCCAGUCCUACAACUACACCACCAAGAUAACCAAUGUCAACAGAGGACCAAGAAGCCCAGGAGGAUGAACUAUUAGCCCUGGCUAGUAUCUACUCAGAAGAUGAAUUUAAGAGGGCAGAUGCGUCUCCUGGAGGGGAAAUUCAAGUAUGCCUGGAAUUGAUGUCACAUUUUAGAAUAUCUGUGAAAAACAACAGUGCUGCAGACUCCUGUACUGAGAAUUAUGAGAACACAGUGUCCUUUCUACCACCGAUUGUCUUGAACUUUGAACUUCCUCCAGAUUACCCGUCUACUAAACCCCCGAAUUUUACUCUAAGUUGUAAAUGGCUUUCACCAAGACAGCUCACUCUCUUAUGCCAGCGUUUAGAUGACUUAUGGGAGGAUAAUAAGGGAUGUGUUAUCUUGUUUCCAUGGAUUCAGUUUUUAAAGGAGGAGACACUCGAAAACUUGAACAUAAAAUCUCCAUAUGAAAUUGAGGUCUCCAGCAACGGUUCACAAGGCUGGAUGCAGUCCCAUGAAAAGACACAUGCUGAUGAGGUGUUAUUGGACAGACGGGCUAUACAGGAUGUACAGUCAGUGUCUGCCCUAGUCAAAUACAUCCGGGACUUCAAUGAAGCCCAACAGAAGAAGGCUUUUGAUAGCAAACCAUUCUUGUGCAAUAUCUGUUUUACAGAGAAAUUGGGCAGUGAGUGCACCCACUUUAAGGCAUGUGAGCAUGUAUACUGUAACACCUGUCUUAAAGACUACUUUGAAAUCCAGAUAAAAGAUGGACAAGUACAUGCCCUGAACUGCCCUGAACCAAAGUGCACCUCUGUAGCAACACCUUCUCAGGUAAAGAAUCUGGUAGAGGAGGAACUUUUCAGCCGCUAUGAUCGUCUCCUCCUGCAGUCAAGCCUGGAUUUAAUGGCUGAUGUUGUUUACUGCCCCCGUCCAAGCUGUGAGACACCAGUCAUGCAAGAGCCAGAGAGUUCAAUGGGCAUGUGCACAGUCUGCCAAUAUGCAUUUUGUAUUGUUUGUAAAAUGACCUUCCAUGGAGUCUCCCCUUGCAAAUUCACCGCAGAAAAACUUGUAACAUUACGUGAAGAAUAUCUGGCUGCGGAUGAAGAAGGCAAGAAAUUCAUGGAGAAGAGGUAUGGAAAGAGAGUAAUUCAAAAAGCGGUGGAGGAAAUGGAGAGUAUGGAAUGGCUGGAGCAAAACUCCAAGUGUUGUCCUCGAUGUGGAACUCAUAUUCAGAAAAUUGAUGGCUGUAACAAAAUGACCUGCACUGGGUGUAAACUAUACUUCUGUUGGCUCUGUAUGAGCACACUGUCCCGUGGAAACCCAUAUAUUCACUUCAAUGACUCUUCUUCACCAUGCUUUAAUCAGUUAUUCCAAGGCAUGAAUGUAGAUGGGGAGUUCUUUGAUGUUGGAGAAGUGUGAAGUGUUACAAGGGUUCCAUGAUCGGUUUUAAUGGCCUUCAGUUAUCACUGAACACUACAAAGAAUGUUAGUCAAGUUUUAUACAAUGCAUAUAAAUCUGUUGUAUUGACUUAUGGGGCACAUUUACAUUUUAGAUCAAUAAUGUUUAAAAACUAUGUUUAGCUAUUCAUGCAAAAAAGUAUCCUUCAAGUGGUUAAUAUGCUGCUUUAAGUAUAAAGUUAUUUGCCAAAAUAAAGAACUUCAUUUUCACUUGG